GCUUAGACCACCACAUAAGGCAACUAUGAAUCAGUCAGAGAAGCCAACUCUUAAAAGUAUUAAGAAUAUUUCAAGGACUGAUGAGGUCAAUAAUGCAAUGCGUCAUGUUUUUCAGGACGCACAAAUGGGGUUGUCUGGGCAUCGAAAAUUGGUUAUUGUAUUAAAGAAUGUGUUUAAUAAGUCAGUGGAGUUAAAUCAACAAGAAUAUUUUGCUUUAUAUCUUACCAGAAUUAUAAAUAGGAUACUUUCUUUGAAGAAAGGUGAACAAGUAGCUGAUAGAAUUGCCAAAUUUUGCGCAUCAUUUAUUCGAAGUAUUGUAGAAGAUGAGAUUGAAGCAAAGCAGAAUAAAGAGCUGGAUGAAGAUAAAGAAGAGGACGAUGAAGAUGAAGAAAAUGAAUCGCCUACUACUAUGUUAAUCACAUAUUUGAUCCACCACUUAUUACGAGGGAUUGAAGCAAAAGAUAAAACUGUCCGUUAUAGAGUUGUGCAGCUAUUGGCAUAUUUGGUAAGAUAUAUCGGAGAGAUUGAUAACAAUACUUUUGAAGCCUUAUACUCCUCAUUAAACAAAAGAUUGAAUGAUAAGGAACCAAUUGUCAGACUUCAAGCUAUAGUUGCAAUCUCCCAUUUUCAAGUAUUCAAUUUUGACUAUACUGAAGAAGAAAGUCCGUUUGAAAUUGAUAUUACCAAUGCCCUGAUCACUGAGAAAAUCAUACAUUCAAUCAGGCACGAUGAAAGUGCAGAAGUAAGAAGAGCUGCCCUUUUGAACUUGAAGAAAUCUCAAGCUACAAUUCCCUACUUGAUUGAACGUGCCCGUGAUACCAAUAGUAUUAAUAGAAGAUUGGUAUAUUCAAGAAUAUCCCGUGAAUUAGGACCAAUGAACAAUAUUGACUUCAAGAAUCGUGAGCUCUUAUUGAAAUGGGGUUUAAAUGACAGAGAAGAAGCAGUUCAAGCUGCUGCUACCAAGAUGCUCACAACACAUUGGUAUGGUUCAGUAAAGGAAGAUUUGUUCGAGUUGAUUGAGAACCUUCAUGUUAAGGAUAGUGAUAUUGCUGAAACUGCAAUGCUCAUAUUCUUCAAGUCUCGAGAAGACAAGUUAUCCACUAUUAAGAUAGAUGAGGCCUACUGGAAACAGCUUUCCAUUGAAAAAGCGUUUUUGAUGAGAACAUUCUAUUGCUAUUGUCAAGAUCAUACUUUGUUGGAGUUGGUUGACGCAAACUUUCCUGAAGCUGUUGAUUUAGCUGAGACUUUGGAAAAAUAUCUAGAAUUAAGAACGAAAUUCAUUGCUCUGAACAGUGAAAACAUCAAAGCUUGGGAAUCACAUAAUGAGAAAUUAGAAGUGUUCAAAAAUCAAUUAUUGCAACUUGAAAAUACAAUGUCAAGAAUCAACUUGGAAACAGAGACACAUAAGAAACAUUUGGAUGCUGCAGAUGAUAAUCUUAAAUUCCUUCAACUUGAAGAACAAGUAAGUGAAUUAAACAGGUUCCAUGAAGAGCAAAAGGAUAAUUAUGUCCCAUUUGCAGAGAAAUUGCAAGAUUUGGAAUUCAUCAUCUUGCAACUCCUCUUAAUUGCCAAUAAAUUUGAUUACGGUGACGAUUUUGGAAGAAGAAAGAUGUUGCAAGUAAUCAGAAAACGGUUAACAGAGGAUAAACUCCCAGGUGAAUUGGCAUCGAUUGCAUUGAAGGUAUUGAAGAGAAUCUCACUUCAUGAAAAGGACUUUAUUGCUAUGUCUACAGAAAUUAUUACCGAUAUUAGAGAUUCAUAUGAUAACGAAGAUGAACACUUUCAUUCAGCAGUUUCCGACUUUGAUGACGAUGAUGAUGAUGAAGAAGAAGAAGAUGAAAUCGAACAAGAUGAAGACGAAGAGGCCAAACAGAAGAAGAGGAACGAACCUAAACUUCCUCCUGAUGACAUUGUCAUUCAGUGUUUAACCAUGUCACAACAUGUAUUAGAAUUGAUAGAACACCCAUUGGAAGACUAUACUUCAUUGACUUCAAUUUAUAGUGGUCUUGUCAAUUAUGCUAUCAAUUAUAAAGAAAAGGCAACCUUGCACCUUCUAGGACUCAAAUGUCUCGGGUUAUUUGCUCUUAUUGACCGAUCAACUGCUGAAGAUGCGGUGGCCACGUUAUAUCAUUCCAUGAGAAGUUCUGGUGAACAAGUUAGAAUAAUUGGUAUGAAAGCUGUUAUAGAUAUACUUUCUAUACACGGAGUGAGUAUCAUUGGAACCAAUAUCUUCCUGUAUGCUCGUUUGUUCUACAAGUCAUUGACAAAUUACGAUAUGCCUGGUUUGCAAUGUGUUGUUGCAGAGGGAUUGUGUAAACUUUUCCUUACUGAUAUCUUCCAUGCUAGCAGUACAAGCAAUGAAAGCGAAGAAGGAGACAAUCAAGAAUAUGAGAGUGAAAAGCAACUAUUUGAAGCAUUGAUUUUGACUUAUUUCCAUCCAUUGACAUCCAAGAAUCAAGAGUUGGGACAAAUUCUUUCAUUCUGUAUCCCUGUUUACGCUUUCUCCCAUCCAAACCAUCAAGCACGAGUUUCCAGUGUCAGUGGAGAUGUGAUAUACAGACUCUUUAGUGACGAUGAAUUCACUCAUCAUGACCACAAACUCUCAGCCACUUCUGUCAUUCCUCAGUUGAUAUUCUGGUGCGAUCCAAACAAUUUAGUUAACUUGACCCAAUUCGAAAUUAAGCGUCAAACUUCCCAUCUUUGGCAAUGCGUUUACCUAUUACAAGCGCUUGAACAGGAUACAUCUAAGGUUGUAAAGAGGGCAAUUAUAUCCAACUUGAGCAAGCUAUAUCUUACGGACAAGCUCGAAUCUACGGUAUUGAAGGGAUUAGCAGAAGCGCUUGAAGGGACUAAACAAUGUUUUGAAGAGAAUGCCACUAUUCCCGAAUACCAAUUGGAUAAAUUAAGUCACAAGAAUUUGGAUAACUUUAUAGAAUAUGUUAACGAAACCUAUGCCAAGUCGGUCGAACGAGAAGGUGAAGAGAGAGAAAAGCUGAACUUAUUAAGCACAAAUUCUAUCUUGGGAGAAUUAGAAAACGAAUUAGAUACUCAAAGCCAACAUGAUAAACUGGAGACCGAAGAAAAUGUUGAAACAAAUGAGGAAGAAACUACUCAAGACACCGACAAGGAAAUCAAUGAAGAUAUAUCUGAUAAUGAAGAAUCUGUUGAUGUAGAAAUGCAAGAUGCAGAUGAUCCAGUUGAUGAUUUGAAACGACAACAACUCGAAGAAAAUUUGAGAGAAAUUGAUGAAAUACUAGAUGCUGAAGAUAGUGUCGAUUACAGUAUCUCGAUGGAAGAAUAAACUAUAUAGUUACAGAUCUAUUAAUCUUAAAUAUAUUUUCCAUUUCACAUUCUCUUCUAUAUAUAUAAACAUAAACGUCGUACACAAAAAAAAUACAAAUUAAUAACAAACACAAAUUAGUGCUUAAAGAAAAUGUUUUCCUCCAAUAGCUUAUUCACGUCAGUAGCAUUGAUCACAACUCCAUUUUCGGAACACUUAGCCUUACUCUUUAAUUCGUGACAUAAUCCAUCGAUAUCAAUUUCGGUAUACUUAGGAUGUGCAGUUAUUCUAUCCCAUAUUUCACUACAUUUUAUAGUCUUUGGAGGUGCCGGUACUACAGCAUCAUCAUCAUCGUCAUCCUCUUCUUGAACUUCAGGUAUAGUGCUAACUUUAGGUUGUUCAGUGGUGUAGUUUCCAGUAGAUACAGAUGAUUCUGAAGGUAAUGAAUGUUUGACAAAGUCGUUGAAGUUGAAAUUUACAUUGACUUGGUCAGUCAAAGGGUCAUAUUGGGACUCUUCAGUAGUCAACAACGCUAUUGGGUCUAAUUCAUCACCGGGACUAGGAUCUCCAAAAGCCAAUGAAACAUCAAAAUUAUUAUCAUUCAAAAAGGACAAAGGAUCAUUCUUUUCUGCUGCCUUAGCUAUACUAGCAUCCGUCUUUACAUCCUUUGGACUAGGUAUAUUGAAAUUAAAGUCUCCAUUAGUAGUAAAGAAUGGGUCAUUAGUAUAAUCGUAGCUAUUGGAAUUUGGAGUGACUAAAGUGGAGAAAGGAGAGUUAUAUUGAUGCAGCACAGGAACAGAAGAUGUGCUUGAGUUAUUUCUCUUAUACUUUGGAACUGGUUGUUGUCUGGUUCCACAAGCUUCACCUAAUUUUGCACAGAAGGAAUCGAGUUGUUCAUCAAAUCCAGCAGUAAAGUCCAAAUUAUUAUUUACAUCUUUGUUCAUGUUAACUGAUGAUUCGAUUGAAGAUUCUGGUGAUACCAAUAAAUUAUCAUUUAAGGGUGAAGUUGAUGAGGAUGAUCCCAGAACAAGAUCCGGAACUUGUUCAUCUUGUAGUAUUGGUGGUUGUCGUUGUGCAUUAGUUUGCGAUUUUAAGUUUUCUUUAGACCAUGGGAAAUCAAACGAGAAAUUAUUGUGUGGCGAUGAAACAGAAGAAGAAGUUGAGGAGUUCUGACGACCAGUUGAAAUAGAACUCUUAGUAGAUAUUGAUGAAGUGGAAUCAGUAUGGCGAGGUUUGGCUUGAACAGCAGGGAAAGAGUCUACCUUCGGGAAAUUCAAAUCGGAAAAGUCAGAAUUUCCACGAUACCUCAACAACUCUUUCUUCAACAUAUCAACUUGAGCUUUCAAGAAGUCAGCUUCAGUGGCAGCUCUUACAUUGGCAUCUUCUAGAACCUUGACCUUGUCUUCUAAAUCCUUCAUCUUACGUUCCUUACGUUCACGGUAGGCACGUUGAGCAGCACGGUUUUGGGCUGUACGCUUAGAUUUGGGUUCGGUAUCAAUAGGCUUUCUACCAGGUUUGGUAUGUAGCCUUUUAUCUUCGUGUGAUUCAGGGGAUGGGGAGGUUUCCAAAACAUCCGAAAUAUUUCUCUUUACGUCUGUCAUUAUGUGAAUUUAAUUAGGAUUCCAAAUAAAAAUAUUGGGAUUAAUAAUAGUACUGAUUUUUUAAAAAAGGGGGAGUCGCUAGUCUUUCUGCGCUUACUAUUGGAUAAAAUAUUAAGUCGAUUCUAGUGGCAAAAGUUAGAUUUGUAAAAUACGCUGUUCUGAGUCUUGAGUGAUGUACUUUUGAGUGGCAAGACUAUAUAUGCUGCUUGUCUUGCUUGGAAUAUUUAAAUUAUGGAUCCUUCAAUAUAAUACGGCGUUUGAGUAGUCAACCACGAUAAAGAAAGAUAUGACAAACCAAAUUUGGAAUGACAAAAAUGAAAUGGCUAAUGUUGUUUAUAUAUAAAGGGGAAAAAUUCGCAUAAAUUUCCC